CACCAGCGAUAUGAAUUUCAUGGAAUUUGCCGAGUUUUGCGCGGUUUUGUUUAUCACCACAUCCCACACAUCAUCAUCCACUUGUCGCUGGCCGCUUGCCGUUGGGUCAUUGGGCACGUGCAGCCGCCGAGCGAAAGUAGCGAUGCACCUGAACCCAAAGCCUGAUGUGCUGCGGCCGCGACCCUGGCGCGUAGAAAUGAGAAAGUGUCCCUGCCCGGUGUUGGAGCGAGCGAUGCCAAAUUUCAUUUAACUCGAAUUGCAGCCAACAGCAACAACAACGACGUGAGCCGAGCUUUAGAUCUUGGGUAUAAAACGUGUGGGUCGCUGCGGUGUCAAUUCAAACGUUUAACGAGCGCAGAGCAGCACGCGACCGAUAAGAGGAGUCACCCACAGUAGCAGCAUAAUAAAAAUAAUAUUACCUUAACAACGAGAACCACUGAGAUGCACGCCUGUAAAUUAAUGUUGAGUUUGCUGCUGGCGCUGCUGUGCAGCGAGGGCCUGCUGGCGGCCUGUGUGUGCUCGGAGAAGGGCACCGAUUACUGUCAGAGCUGCCAGGGACCUAGCAUUGUGCGCCCGAAGCCCCGCUAUUAUGAGCCCAGCGAGGUGAACCUGUCGCCCAUUGGCGACAAUUGCUGGUGCAGCAAGCAGCUGAUCGAACCCGCCCAGCUGCCCAAGACCUGCGGCAAAAAGACGCCAUGCAAGCCCACCUGCGGCUGCCAACAGAGCGAAGAUAGCAGCUACAGCAGCUCUAGCACCAGCUCCACUUACGAUAACAUUGGCUAUGCGGCCGAGAAGACUCAGGAUGAUAGUGCUCCCGCCGAUCCCAUAAGCGUCAGUCUGGCCGCCCAGGCUGGCAAGGCCAUCAAUGUGCCCGAAGCAAAGCUAGCAUAUGGUUUCGCCCAGAAGCCCGUGGAUGGGCAGCAAAAGGUUUUGUUUUCUAAUGUGCCCGAGGAAAAUCUGUUCAAGCUGAAAAGCGAUGUCAUCACUCUGAAGAAACGCAACUAUGCGGCCAAGGAGGAGGAAGAGGAGGAAUAUAUUGAGGACGAGGAGGAAAAAGCCUCCGAUGAUGAUGAAUCGGCGCCACAGUUGACAUAUAAGCAGCUUGGCUACAUCACCGAACAAUUCAAGAAUCCCAAAUUUAAGAAGAUCAGCUCCAGCAAAUCCACCUACAGCGUAAAAUCCAACAGCGAUAGCUACACCAAGGUGGGCGAAAGAGUUUCUGUCGAUUGCGGUUUCAAGCCCGGUCGCGUCACAUCCUAUCGCAAUGCACGUCGCCAGGAGCUGGAUGGUGGCAGCUAUUAUUAGGCAGUAUUAGCUCCGCCUGUAAAUAAUUGUAUAUGUAUAGGGAUGGAUGGAUUGAUGUAUGAUGUAUGUAUGUAUUAGUUAGCGUUUAAAAUAUAUUUAAAUACACGAACAUUGCAAAUGUAAUAGAAAUGCCAACAAGC